CUUCCACAGAGGUUAGUUCCUCUUCUCUUCGUGAUAAAGGUAGACAUUGCAGUCAUCGAAUAGGAACUGUAUAACAACGUCGCGAUAUUUCCUGGAACGCUUUCUUAACAGACCAGGCAGGGGAUUUAGGGUUUGAGAAGUCAAUGUGAGAAGUGUGAAAAUGCUUCCUUAAUUAAUUUUCUCGAAAGCUAAAGGCACAACCUAGUUUGGAGCCAAUGUCUUUUAACAUGUUAUUACUCCAACCUCGUGAAAGUGACAAACUGACAAGUUAAAAAACAAUUAUAGUCAGAAAAACAACUGUAUAUCGAAGUAGGGGCUUUGAUUUUGACGGCCUGCACAUGGGAUGAAUAGAAGACUGUUUGACCCGAUGACGUGCUUCUACGCUUUGAGCUGAACUUGUCAACGUCGCCUGUACACGUGUGAUCAGGUUUUUUUAUUUUUUAUUGGAGAAGCACUUUUAGCCAAUCUUUAUACUGUACUGUAUUUGACUGUAUCCUUCCAAAUUAUGCGUGGAAAAACUAUAAUAGUGACUGGUGCCAACAGUGGCAUAGGCAAAGCCACAACAGUUGAACUACUAAGGCGCGGGGGUCGGGUGAUCAUGGCUUGCAGGGACAUGAAGAGGACUGAGGAAGCAGCACAGGAGAUUCGACUGGAGACUGGUCCAGAUUCGGGAGAACUCCUCAUCAAGUGCCUGGACCUCGCAUCACUGAAAUCCGUGCACAGUUUCUGCGAAGACAUCAUCAAGGAAGAGCCCAGGAUUGACGUGCUGAUCAACAAUGCAGGGAUCUACCAGUGCCCUUAUACCAGGACGGAGGAUGGCUUCGAGAUGCAGUUCGGGGUGAACCACCUCGGCCACUUCCUCCUCACCCACCUCCUCCUGGACCUCCUGAAGCGCUCUGCGCCCAGCCGCGUGGUUGUGGUCUCCUCCAAACUCUACAAGUACGGCGAGAUCGACUUUGACGACCUGGAUAGCGAACGGCGCUAUGACAAGGCCUUUGCCUAUGGCCGAAGCAAGCUAGCCAACCUCCUCUUCACCUGCGAGUUGGCCCGCCGCCUCGAGGGGACGGGGGUGGCGGUCAAUGCAUUGACCCCGGGGAUAGUGAGGACUAACCUGGGCAGGCAUGUCAAUAUCCCCCUCCUGGCCAAGCCCCUGUGGGAGCUGGCAUCCAGGGCCUUCUUCAAGAGCCCAGAGGAGGGGGCGCAGACCUCGGUCUACCUGGCCUGCUCGCCCGACGUGAAGGAGGUCCAGGGGAAGUGCUUUGCGGACUGCCAGGAGCAGAAACUUCUGCCCAAGGCUACGGACCAAGAGGUGGCCAGGAAACUUUGGGAUAUUAGUGAAGUCAUGGUGGGCAUAACCAUGUGAUAAAGAACGUCAACCUUUCACUCCCUCCAAUUUGAACGCAAAGAGAGGACUUUUGGACCUCUCAAAAAAGGUGAAGUGAACUAGCAAAAGGCAAGGGCAGUGUGAAUGCAAAGAGAAGAGAGGUUUUUGUUACUUCGUACUGCAGAGAACUGUGCCCUGGAUGCCUGUUGCUAUGCAUUGUGAUUAUAUUGCCUUGACACUGGCUUUUUCACUGGUAUGUUGUUAUACCAUGCCGGCAAUUAUAUUCAAGUCUAAGUGAAGGGAGAUAUGGUGUAAGUGACUUUAAUAUGGGAUCAUAGCUUUCACCUGGUCAGUCUGUAUAAUGAUGUGUAUAGACAGUAUAUGAAUAGAAAAGGUGUGUACAGCAGUAGUUAUAUAGGAUGGUGUGUAUAGACAGUAGUUAUAUAGGAUGGUG